AAGAGGAAGCCGCUCAGCGACAAGUACUUCAAGCGAGUAGAGGCUGUGGAGUUCACGAUCAAGCAGGACGACGGCGCACAGUGCCGAAACCUCCAAAAGGCGGACGUGAUUCUUCUCGGAGUGUCGCGCAGGCAAGAAACUCCUCUGUCUAUGUACCUCGCCCAGCAGUUCGGAUACAAGGUCGCCAACGUGCCUCUGGUUCUCAACAUUCAGCCGCCCUCUGAGAUCUUCGAGGUGGACCCCAGGAGAGUCUUCGGGCUGAUCAUCCAGCCGCAGUACCUGAGGCGGAUCCGUACUCGACGGCUGGCAGGGACAGGGGUGGACACAGAGACCAUCGGCAAGAGCAUGGGGAGCUUCGACUACAGCAACAUCAAGUACAUCCAGGAGGAGCUCAAGUGGGCUCGUGACUUGUAUGCUGCUCACCCCGAGUGGUCCGUGGUGGACGUGACAGGACGAGCGGUGGAGGAGAACGCAGCGAUCAUU